CGGAGGUGGCCAAGGUGAUUGAGGCCUAUAUACUUUUUUAUCCUCAUCUUCUCCAGUUCAAUCCAUUCUCUCUUUGUUACAGCUAUAGCCGUUCCUCAGAAUUGAACACCCAAGAAACCCUAAACAGAUGAAACAGAGCAAUGAGCUCAAUCUCGCCAAAACCUUCAACCCUCCUCCCCUCCCUCGUCUCUGGCCAAGUACCUCCUCUCCCCUACCUUCUUCACCUCCUCUCUUCUCUCGUCUCCGACAAUAAGUUUUCCGAUGCCAAAUCCCUCCUCCUCAAUUUCAUCCCUUCCGAUCACCCCACAAACGAGCUCCACACCCACCUUCUCCACCCGAACCGCGCGCUUCCUAAGCCCUCCAAGGCUCUGCUGGACACCGCAAUCGGUGCUUACUGCCAAUGCCGCCGCCCGCAUCUCGCUGUUCAGCUUUUCAAAAAAAUGAAGCGACACCGUUUGCGCCCUAAGCUGCUCACCCUCAACACUAUCCUCAAUUCCCUGGUGAAGUACCCUUCUGCCCACAAUGUGCGUAUGUGUAAAGAAUUGCUUAAUGAUGCACUUGGGUUGGGUUUAGCUCCAAAUACCAUGACUUUUAACAUUUUAAUCAACGGGCAUUGUGUAGAGAACAAGUGUAACGAUGCGAUUAAAUUGUUAGAUAAGAUGGAUGAGUUCGGGUGUAGAGCAGAUAAUGUGAGCUAUAAUACUGUUUUAGACGCACUGUGCAAGAAGGGUAGGCUAAGAGAGGUCCGUGGUUUGCUCUUGCAUAUGAAGAAUAAAGGGCUCCUUCCAAACAAGAACACUUACAACAUUUUGGUGAGCGGUUAUUGUAGAGCUGGUUGUAUUAAGGAAGCUGCUAAGGUUGUUGAACUGAUGACAAGGAGCAAUACAAUGCCUGAUGUUUGGACCUAUAACAUGUUGAUUAAUGGUUUCUGUAGCUCAGGGAAGAUUUUGGAGGCAUUUCGACUUCGGGAGGAAAUGACUGGCUUGAAGCUGUUACCUGAUGUGGUAACUUAUAAUACACUAAUUAAUGGUUGUUUUGAAGCUGGGAUGAGUUCUGAAGCCUUUGAUUUACUGGAAGAAGUCAAGAAAAAUGGGGUAAGCCCCAACAAAGUUACCUAUAACAUAUUAAUCAAAUGGUAUUGCAAGGAAGGGAGAUUAAAUGAUGCUAUAGACACUGCUCAUAGAAUGGAGGAGGGUGGGUUUCACCCAGAUUGUGUUUCAUACAAUACUUUGAUUAGUGCAUUUUGUAAAAAAGGGGAUCUUGCCGAGGCUUUUAAAAUAAUAAACAAAAUUGGAGAAAAGGGUUUGAAAAUGGAGACAGUGACUCUUAAUACGGUCUUGAACGCACUAUGCCAGGAAGCGAAGCUUAACGAGGCUUAUGAGUUGCUUACUAGUGCCACUAAAUGUGGUUAUAUCAUUGAUGAGGUGAGCUAUGGAAGUCUGAUUGUCGCCUACUUCAAGAAUGCAAAUGUUGAAAAUGCUCUUAAGCUUUGGGAUGAGAUGAAAGAAAAGGAUAUAUUUCCAAGUUUAGUCACUUACAACUCUCUAAUCUCAGGCCUAUGCAAAUCAGGUAAAACUGAGGAAGCCAUCACCAAAUUCAAUGAACUUUUGGAGCAGGGUAUAGUGCCUGAUGAGAUUACGUACAACACUAUCAUCCAUGGGUAUUGUUGGGAAGGAAAUGUUAGGAGAGCAUUUCAAUUUAGCAACAAAAUGGUUGAGGAUUCAUUCAAACCAGACAUGUAUACAUGCAACAUUCUCCUUCUGGGACUUUGUAGGGAAGGAAUGAUUGAAAAGGCCAUUAAUCUCUUCAACACAUGGAUUGAUAAAGGGAAACGGCUUGAUUCUGUAACUUACAACACUCUUAUAAGGGCCUUAUGUAAGGAUGGAAGGCUUGAUUAUGCUCUCCACCUUGUUUCUGAAAUGGAAGUGAAGAAACUUGGGCCGGAUAGUUACACUUGUAAUGCCGUUGUUAGAGCACUUGGUGAUAGUGGAAGGGUAAGGGAAGCAGAAGAGUUCAUGUCAAAAUAUAAUGAGACGAGAGUUUCAUUUAAAGAAUCUGUUACAGUAAAAAGUGGGGAAGAAGACAUAAAGGGUGAAUGUUCAACAGAACAGGAAGCUAGUCAUAUUGCUGAUUCAGAAGAGAUUAAUGAGCUUUGUGCUCAAGGGAGAUAUAAGGAUGCAAUGCGUAUCUUUGGACAACUUACCAAGAGAGGUUCUUUUGUACAAAAGUCAACAUAUAUUACAUUAAUGUAUGAACUUGUCAAGAGGAGAAAAGGUAUCUCCAAUGCCAGAAGAUUUUGAUAUACUCACUCUUUGCUCCAACUCCUUGAAGAGAAUAUUUGUGUGUUCUGAAUUAUUUCAAGAAACUGUGCAAAUUGAUACAGACUCAGAUAUGUGCCCCUGAAAAAUAUCAUCAACUAAAUGUUGACGAGUGAUAGCAAGAACAAGUGAACAACAUGGCAGAGCCGAUAGUUCGAUUGCUCAAAACAAUCGGGAUUGAGUGGAUUGAUGUAAAGCAUGCACUGUUUCUGAUAUCUGAACAACAUAGUAGAUUUUAUGUCUAGGGUAGGAAAAGAUGAUAAUACAUUUCACUGCACUCUGCCAGUGUUGCAUGGAUUCCGGCUAUUGCGGUGGGUUAUGCUAUCAUGACUACUAGAUCACUUCACCUAAAUUGGAAAUUGAGAGCUCUGUGCGUUUUGCCUAUGUUUCUAUUACCCGGGUUAUCUUUCGCGAAAUAUACGGCACUUGGAAGCUUCAAAAGGAUUUGUGACAACAAGGAUCAGAAAACCUUGCAAAGGCUCCGGGGACUGAAAAGAAAGCAAAGAUUGAUGAACUCAAGGAGAGGACAAAUUAUUACACUACAACAACUCAUUCAGAAGUAUGAUCCUGACCCUGCUGCUCAGGUUGCAGCUGCCACCGUGCUCGCUUCCAAGCUUAGCGCAGAUACUGGGUUGAAGGUGUUUGUGGGGAAUGAGUCCCAACGUAAUUCCCCUCCUACUGGUGGGAAGAGUAGUGAUGUUGAGCUUGCUAAUUCCACUGGACUUCGUAACCGAAAGCAACCGGCAAGCAGAUCAACUGUCUCUGAAAGAACAGCCAAAAUAACAGUGCACCAGUCUCAGGAAGAACAAAAAAUGCUAGACGGUUCUGAUAUGGUCGAGCAUCAUCCACUGGUGGUUGAGCAUUACAACCUAAUUGGUCCAACCGCACAAAAUGGAGGGUGACUUUCACGCAUUGCGGCACUGCUAGUGGGCGAGGAUCCAACACAGUCUUAUGCACUUAUUUGUGGCAACUGUCACAUGCACAAUGGGCUUGCUAGGAAAGAGGACUUCCCCUACAUCACUUACUACUGCCCUCACUGUAAUGCCUUGAAUAGGCACAAACAAGUAGAAGAUUGCUCCUCUGGCUCGAGUUCACCAAGUCUAAGCUCUUCUGUGGUGACCGAUGCUGAGGUGAUUAAAAAUGCUGGUGCUUCUCCCGUUGCAGAGAAUAACAUCCCUGCCGGUGGGACUUGGGAGUCCGGCUGGCCCUUCUGAGGCAGAAGGGCACGCAAUUUCUAAUGUUCCCAGUACUUGAUUUGUGCCCUUUAAUUGGCAUACUUUGCUGCCUUAUUGUGUGACAUACUCCAUCCGUCCCACUGGACUUUGCCAUCUUUCCUUUUUUGAUUGUCCCAAAAAAUUUUGUCACUUUCCCAUUAAAGUAAUUAUUUUGUGGUUUUACUCAUUUCCCUCUCCUCUGCACAAACUUAAACCACACAAUUUUUACUAUUCUUAUUUCUCACCUAACUUAAGGAGUGCAAAGUCCAUUGGGACGGAGGUAAUACAAAUAUAGCGGGUUUCCUUGCACUUUUGUUUUUAUUUUACAGUUUUUUAACUUGUGAAAAUGUUGUACUGUACCAAAUGCUAUAUUUCACAAAUGGGUCCUGUCUCUUAGGGGCUGCACAAAUUCUUAUUGCAUAAAUUCUUAAAAAUCAUAUUACCUACCAAUGUCUCAAUGUUAGUGGGACAAAGGUCGUACUUAGUAAAC